CGCCAUACGUCGGGUUUGCGUCAUCAUAACGUUAACAGCGCUCAAACGGGGAGGACGUGGGAUGAAGAGUGUGUAGACAGUGCUUCAUUAGAAACAUUAUAUAUUUUUUCAAAUGUUUCUAAUAUCGAAAUUAUAAAGUACAAAGUUAUAGGAUAGGGUUUUUCCACGCUCGCCGCCAUCAUGGCGUCGGACGAACAAUUUUCGCUAUGUUGGAACAAUUUUCAUGCGAAUAUGUCAGCAGGCUUUCAUGGCCUGCUGUCGCGUGGAGAUUUGGUAGACGUAACCUUGGCUGCAGAAGGCAGAUUAUUACAAGCACACAAACUAGUUUUAUCAGUAUGUUCUCCCUAUUUUCAAGAAAUGUUCAAGAUGAACCCCACUCAUCAUCCCAUAGUAUUUUUAAAAGAUGUUAGUCAUUCAGCGCUUAGAGACUUAUUACAGUUUAUGUACCAAGGUGAAGUUAAUGUUAAGCAAGAAGAGUUAGCGUCGUUUAUUAGUACCGCGGAACAGCUUCAAGUGAAAGGUUUAACCGGUAAUCAAAAUGAAGAAAGUUCCACGCCAUCCAAACCAAAGCCGACUUCGAGGCCAGGCCCGAGGUCGUCACAACAAAGGCAAUCUGUUAUGACUAAGUUAGAGACUGAUUUAGAUUCUAAGCCCUCCUCAACUCCAGUAGCAAUUAAGAGACCAAAUAGGCCAUCAAUAGCAUCAAAUAAUUCAUCGUCAUCUCAAAGUGGACCCGUAAAACGGAAAUGCGUAGACCCCUUAGAAGCAGGGCCAUCCGGUUCGGCAAAAGAUGAAUUUGUAACGAUACCAGAUGAAGACGAAAAUAAUGCUGUUGCACCCAAAAUGGAACCCGAAUUUGUUAAUGAAAGUAUGUGGGACGAAGAUGACGAUGGCACGAAUAAUGAUGAAACUAAUUUCGGCGAAGACGACUCAAAUAUGGAAAUGUCUGGAUUUGAUGGCUCUACGGGAGGCGAUGGUAAUAUUACUGGAGGUGGUGAAGGCGGCGCAGUAGGUGACGCACAAGGAUGGUUUUACAUACGAUCAGCUCGAGGAGGUCUACAUUUAGUCGCAGACGGCCAUAUUUUUUACGAAGAUGGCGGUUCCCACCCUCGACGUGUUACAUGGAGGUGCGCUCGAUCAUAUCAAAAGGCUGAGCGUUGUCAGGUCGCUUUAUGUUUAAGGGAUGGACGGUUAGUGUACUUCCGAGGGUCUCAUAACCACCCAGCUACGUAUAACCCAGCUAAGCACGAGUCUAGGAGGUUCGAGGUGGAUCCUAUGGGGAAGUAUAAGAUUGUUAAGAGUUGUGCCCCGCGCACUGUCAUUGCUACUCCAGCUGUGUCGGUGCCGGCAGCACCUCACGCCGCCCUGUUCCUUUAGGCCUGGCGCGACCUCCUGGUGCGUGGUCUGUUGGAUGGGAGGCAUUGACUGCGUUCUUGGAGAGUCGUAAAAACACCUUUAUGAAAGGUGCUCGAUGGACUAAAUGUUACUAUAGACUUAAGUUGGAAACUGAUUAUCGCAGGAUUUGUUUUGGAUGUCUUAAGGUGAAUUGCUUUAGGAGUUACGUCAUACAAAAUUAAUCGUUCAAUAUACAAUAUUUCUUCAACUAUUAAGAAAAAAUAUUAGCAAUACAAGUAACAUUUCAAUAAGAUCAAGUUAAAGUUACAAAUGAAAGUGUUUUUUUACAUCAGUAUGGCGUAACUGUUAUAAAAUUUUCAUUAAAUUUUGUAUUUCUGGAAGACUGCCUAAGUAGAUCUUUGCUAACUCUCAUUAAUGUUUAUUAACUUAUAUUUUAUUUUUAUAGUUAUUUUGUAUUUUUAUUAUUUUUACAUACUUGUUACUAGAAUUUAAGGCGUUCUUAGACUUUUUUAAAUAGGACACGCUUCGUGGGUAUACUAUUUUUAAUAAUAUAUUUAGAAAAAAAAAACAAUAAUUAGAUGUUUAGACGCCCUUCGGUCGCCUUGUACCAAUUACGCCAUAGUGGCUAAAACGUAAUAUUAGUGAUUGGAACCAUGGUCACAACUCGCGCCACGAAAGUUGAACUUUUGUCGUAAAUUCCUGCCUGGAGCAGCGUGACUGGUUUAACCUCUGAAGCCCAAUAUCCAUGAAAGUGAGGAUUUGUUGGAAAAUAAUAGUUCGAUCAUGUUCAGAGGUCCUUCGACUUUCGUGCCAGAAUUGUCCCAAAAUGUAUUGUAUUUAUAAUCUAUGUACCAUUUGUGUGCAAUAUUCUCUUACCAAAAAAAAAAAUGUUUAGAAGAUAUGUAUACAAAAUAUAGCUUUAAUGAUAGCGUAGCCGUCUUGUUGAUGCUUUUUUACAAAAUUCUAUUGACCGCGGCGUAGAGAGCGGCAGACUGAUAGACAAUGUUAUAUUAUAAUAAUCCAAUAUUUAUUAUUUGUAUUUAUAUGUAGACUGGGUAGUACUGUUAUUAGGGAUGCAGCGAUAAGUCCAAAGGUUUUUUGUUUAACAAAUUAAUCGAUUUUUUCUUGCCACGUAUAGCUGGAUUAAACCUUCAAGGCGUAGUAAGUUCUAUGACCUCAGCCGUGCUUUUAGUCAGGCUUUCAUAUGACUGUUAAAAAAAUGUAUAGUUACAUCACUAAUAAUAAGUAUACUUAUUAUUUUAACAUAGUUUUCAUUGGUUCGAAGACUUAACUAUAAUAAACUAUAUCAGGUGCAUAACACGAUUUUUUUUCGUUAUUUCGACUCAGCUACUUGGCUCAUGGUUAAGAGGUGAGCACACGUUAGUAGGUCGAAACAAAUGUACCUGACAUAGUUACACAAAAUAAAUGAAAUGCCUUAAGAUAACGUAACUUUUGAUUAUUGCAAUUGGAUAACGUUAAAUUUACUGUCUGCGCAGCUAAGCCGGUAAAUUAGUAGUUAUUUAAAAAAUACGUCACUUAACGUAACUUUAAAAUUACGUCAGUCUUCAAAAUAUCCUGUGAUUUGUUCUUACAUUACUUUUUUUGGCGUACCUGACACAGAUCGCGCUUUAAUUAUAGCCUCCUAUGUAAUUAUUUUUCUUGCUUAUGUGUGGUCUAUAAUAGAGUGCUUACUUUAUGUACUCGUAAGAGUCUUGACUUUCGAUAAAAUAAGUAGAUAUUUUUAUAUGUAUUGUUAACUAGGGUCGCUACCCUUUAGUUGCAAUGGCAGGGCAACUUUUUACAACUUAAAUUGGUUUACAUUUGACACUUUUGAUUUAAAGAACUAAAGAAAUGUAAGCAAAUCUAAUUGUAUUUUAAUUUUCUACAAUGCCUGAAAGAAUGCUUGUGAAUAUUAUUAACUCCUAAUAAGAAUCAUUGAAUGAGAGUCGCUGUAAGUUAUCGAAACCCGGCAAUCGAAUUAAAGCAGCGUGAUCGAUUUUAAAAUGUUGUCGUUGGAAAAGAGCAACUACUGAGUUCCUUGUUGGCUUUUUCUCAGUAGAAUCUGCCUUACUAACCGGAGGUUGAGAGUUCUUAAAUAGGCCUACUUGAAAGAAAUUAAUUUUGGUCAGUCUGAGUUCUAUUUUCCUCGUUAGUCUACCUAACCAAAAGAGGCUUGUGCAGAAUCUAAGGCCAUUGGUAAGGCGGAUCACGAUGGUGAUCAUCAACGUAAUCCAAUGCAAUUCCAGCUAUCAAAAGCUGCGUGAUCUCGGCACUGUAGAUCUAAUGUAAACCAGCUUAAAAAAUAUAUAAACGAGCAAUAGUUUUUAUAUUAGAGACUUAUAUACGAGUUACGUAGAUACUACUGUACUGAUAGAGUGACCUCUUUUUCUUGCUUUAAUGUUGUACUCCAAGUAUGAAUUCCAUAAUUUUGUAUGUAUUUUUAUUAAUAUAAAAUACUUGCAGUUGCGAAAGGUGCUCCGCUGCACAGAUAAUAUAACUAAACUAAAUUGACUGGAAUGAUAUCGCAGUGCGGUCUGCUGAAAAGUCCCAACUAAUAUUAUUAAUGCGAAAGUGAGAUUUAUGCUCGUCGUAAAUUCAUGUUCUAAUUAAUUUAAAACCAUGUGAAUAAUGAGAGUAACAAAGGUACUUUUUAUCUGAGCAACACUAACUGUUAUACUUUUCAGUCAAUUUAAUUGAGCGUUUUAUAAUUCCGAUUAAGCACCACUGUAUACCAAAGAUAUUUAAAUUAAUGUUCUCUAAUCAUUAUUUUGUUAAAUAAAGCAUAAGUAUGUA